AUGGAAAUAUAUUUCUGGGCUACUGGUUUGAGCUUUGAGCCCCAAUAUGCCAAAUGCAGGAUUUGCUUCACUAAGUAUGCAUGCUUAGCAACUGUAAUUGACGACAUCUAUGAUAUAUAUGGAUCACUUGAAGAACUCGAAUGUUUCACCAAAGCAGUCACCGGUUGGGAUGUGAAGGCCGUCCAAGAACUUCCGGAAUACAUGAGAGUAAUGUUCUCAGCCAUUUCAGACUUUACUAAUGAAUUAGCCCAACAAACCUUGAAAGACCAUGGCCUCGACGGUCUGCCCUACAUCAAAGAACAGUGGGUUGUACUUUGCAGAGCUCAUAUCACGGAAGCCAGAUGGUUUUAUGGAGGUCAAACUCCCACUUUUGAUGAAUAUAUUAAAAACGCAUGGAUUUCAAUUGGAAGUCUUGGAGGGUUGGUUCUUCUUUGUUUUGUGGAGGCAGACUCCAUUGUUAAUCAAUUUCCAAACUGUCUUAAGGAUUUUUCUCAAUUAUUUUACUGGUCAUCUCUCAUUACUCGAUUCAGUGAUGAUCUGGGUACUUCCAAGGCUGAGAUGGAGAGAGGAGACAUACCGAAAGCAGUGCAGUGUUACAUGAUUGAAAAAGGAGUAUCAGAAGAAAAAGCACGAAAUCAUGUAAAAGAACUGAUAAGCAAUUCAUGGAAGAAGAUCAAUGAAGAAAUUUUCGAUAAUCGUUUCCCACGAGUUAUUGUGAAUUUAUCUAAGAACAUGGCUCGAACUGUGAAAUGCAUGUACCAGCAUGGCGACGGAGUUCGGACAUCAACCGGUGUCACUAAAGAUUAUAUUGUUUCAUCAAUUCUUAGGCCUAUUCCAAUAUAGAUG